AAGAAGAAGUGAAGCAGUCUAGACUGGCAUGGUGGAGCACUGGUUGUCGAGUGCAUGUAGCAACAUUUGGUGAGACCACAUGGCUACUGAGGCUUGAGAAGAACUGUUUAAAGAAAAUGGACACUUGCCUUCUAGGGUGCAUCACGUCCUGUGUCUCAUUUUUGGUCUAUUAAUAAAUGCUUUACUUGUAUUGGUUUCAAACGUGUUCAUGAGCGCUACUGUAACUGAAAUAAGGAAAAGUGCAUUCUGAACUGAAUUUAACCAUGCCUUAUAUUUAUUAAAUGUUGGUAAAUUGCCUGUGCUUUGUUAGUACUUCACACUGCCUGCUCAACCCAGCUCGAAAACAACCUGCCACUUUUCCACCCUGUGAUUACAACAACCAUAUUUAGCUACAUAAAUUGCUUUCGAGAGCCGUCAGACAUGAUCUUUACCAAAUCAGAUGUUGCCUACUGUAAUUGGAGUUGCGCGUUGCAUUAUGGGACAGGAAUAAAGUGCAAAAAGGAUUCGCACAGAGGCUAGCUAAAGGAAUCUUAACGAAACGCAAAAAAACCCGUUUUGUAAACCUUUAAAAAACAAGUUGUGCUAUCGACAGCUCCAAGUAUUAAUGAAAAUCUCAAAUGUAUCCGUCUUUGGCCACCGAAUGCUUCCCAAGGAAUUCCAAAGAACGGGCUAAAUAGGCAAGGAUAACAACCAGACAGCUUGCAAGUUAGGCUGCUGCACGCCCAGCUGUGGUGUGUUUACAUCGGCCUCAUUUGACUCCACAACCCGAGGCCGAUCAAGUCGAACAACAUACGGAAUCACACACUGUUCUAUCGACUGAAGGUACACUAAGACAAAGAUGGGGGUAAAAACCUUUACCCACAGUUCCCCCACGCACAGUCAAGAGAUGCUGGAAAAACUAAACGCCCUGCGCAACGAGGGCCACCUCUGCGACGUCACCAUCCGAGUCCAGGACAAGUUGUUUCUGGCGCACAAGGUGGUGCUGGCCUGCUGCAGCGAGUUCUUCCGCUCCAAACUAGUAGGCAGGCCUGAUGAAGAGGAUAAGUUUGUGUUGGACUUGCACCAUGUCACGGUGAGCGGCUUCACCCCUCUGCUGGAGUACGCCUACACCUCCACCCUCUCCAUCAGCACGGAGAACAUCAUCGACGUUUUAGCCGCUGCCAGUUACAUGCAGAUGUUCGCUGUGGCGAGCACGUGCUCAGAAUUCAUGAAGUCCAGCAUCCUCUGGAGUGCCGGGAGCAUGGGGCAGGAGAAACCGCAGGAGUCGGCUCUCGGCGAGAGUGCUUCCUCCCACUGCGCCUUGACCCCAUUGGACAGCAGCCUGUCACCUGUAUCGUCUGACUGCAGCGUGAUGGAGAGGAACAUCCCUGUGUGUCGCGAGUCGCGACGCAAACGUAAGAGCUUUAUCAUGAUGUCCCCAGGGAGCCCACUCAAAUGCACCUCGCUGAUCACCUCGCCGCAGAUGCCCAACCCAUCGCCCUCCUCCUUUUCGGAGACCACCACCCAGCCAGUGGACUCUUCCCUGGCCUUCCCGUGGACGUUCCCCUUCGGUAUCGACCGGAGGUUCCACCCGGAUAAGCAGCCCAAGCUUCCCGAGAGCCCAUGCCGUCUGGACCAGGCAGGGCCCUCGGAGGUGAGCCGCCGGCUGAGUGACUUCCUGGCCUGUGAAAGCUCCAUUAAGGCGCCGCUGUCGCUGGCAGGCCCUGAGGAGGACGUGCGUGUGAAGGUGGAGAGGCUGAGUGACGAGGAGGUUCAAGAGACGUCGUCGCAGCCCGUCAGCGCUUCCCAGAGUUCCCUGAGUGACCAGCAGACAGUACCCUGCGGCGAACAGGUCCAGGAGGACCUCCUCAUCAGCCCACAGUCGUCCUCCAUAGGUUCGAUAGAUGAGGGAAUCACAGAAGGGUUGCCCUCAAUGCAAAGUACAUCCAAUGCUGGAGGUCAUGCUGAGGAUGAUGAAAGAUUAGAAAGCCUCCAGUACCCUUACCACUUGUACAUAAGCCCUUCCAUCCGCCCUGGCACUAACGCGCCUGACAGACCUUUCCAGUGCCCCACGUGUGGCGUCCGAUUCACCCGCAUACAGAACUUGAAGCAACAUAUGCUCAUCCACUCUGGCAUUAAGCCCUUCCAGUGUGAUCGCUGUGGGAAAAAGUUCACACGGGCCUACUCCCUGAAGAUGCACCGGCUGAAGCACGAAGGUAAACGCUGUUUCCGGUGCCAGAUUUGUAGUGCCACAUUCACGUCCUUCGGCGAAUACAAGCACCACAUGAGGGUGUCCCGCCACAUAAUCCGCAAGCCCCGGAUUUACGAGUGCAAAACGUGCGGCGCCAUGUUUACCAACUCUGGCAAUUUAAUUGUACACCUGCGGAGUCUGAACCAUGAGGCAUCUGAACUAGCAAACUACUUCCAAAGCAGUGAUUUCCUCAUGCCCGACUACCUGAGCCAAGUGCAGGAGGAGGAGACUCUGGGGCAGUACGAGCUGGUGGCGCACGGCUUCGAAGGCAACAACUCGUCUGUCCAGAUGGCGGUCAUCUCCCAGGUCUCCUCCACCCAGAAUUGCGAGAGCAGCACCUUCCCCCUGGACCCCUUAUCCCUGAAGGACGAAAAGGUGUCGGAGGAGUCAAAGACAAACGGCAGUAGCAGCUCCCCGGAUGGCGCUGAAGAGGAGAACACCCAUAUCAAAGAGCUGGCUUCCAUUUCGAUUGAGUGACCGUCACCUAAUUGUCCCCCUCGCCCCCCCUUCCAAUCCAAAACCCUGACUUUGGAAAGUGCCUGAGAUUGCCCCUCUUAACAUUCACCUCUAGAUUUGGAGGUCUUAACUUUGCUAACAGUGAAAAGUAGUUUCUUUCCUUAUUGGAUUAUUGUUUUUGCAUAAUGAAAGUUCAUAUGAUAGACGCCGUCUUCUUGAGUGCCGUCGCUUUGGGCAAACUUAGUGUUACUAAAUAUUGUUUGAUAAUCGAAUGCUACAUUGGAUUUUGUCGUGAACUAUGUCAGAGGUGUGUAUGCAUUCCUUUGUGAGUAGGAGCACAGUACAUUUUAAACCUUUUUACAAAAAAAAGUUUGAACGUAAAAUUGCGUCGUAGAGCACUUUGUCUGUUACUUUCAUUAUGAAAUGAACUGUAGCUACUACACUUGACUUGUAUUGGGUGUUAAUGUAGGUAUCUACUGGUGGCUUAGACCCUCAAAGGCAUGGCAUUAUAGUAUUUUAUUUCAUACGCGAAGUCAGUCGUUAAACCAUCGAGAGACGCACUGCAGCGGCUGCCCUUUCCGAUAUCUGGAACAGCUAGGCUAAGUUCAAAUGUGAAGUUGAAGUGGAGUACAUUUGUCAGACCUAUUUCAUUAAUACUUGUCCCUAACAUUUCUUGUGUGGUGGAAGUCUAUACUGAGGUAUUUGUAAUAUGUCAGCUGUGUGACAAAAAACGAGUGUCACUAUAACUACAAUUUGUUAAAUGUCAAAAACAAUUGUCACCACCGUCACGUAGAAGUAAUAUAUCAGUAAGUGACGUAUUACUAAUAUGUCAGCUUUGGUGACAUAACUACUAUACUUUAGUGUCACUAUUUUGACAUAUUAUAGUGAGACCAUGUUGCAUUUGGUGGAGAAUGUGUUGGUAAAUUUACGCUGACUGUUUACUUUGGACAUGACAUUUCAGAAGCUAGUGUCUUGACUGUGGGUGGCAUUCUUCAGACUAACGUUGUCCUAAUCAAGUGGUCAGCACAUUAGAAUUUGUAGCUGGGUGCCUUGCUUUUACUGUGAGUUGAGUUGUGUAAUUCAAUGUAUAUGGAGCCAGGAGAGGUCUUCAAUAACAUGGCAAACAUGACAUUGCUUUGUAUCAUGAAGUGUGAUCGAUAGGUAUUUUAGUCUUCAUGGUGUUCUAGGUUCACCUUGCAAUUUUCCAGUUUCAAGUACAGGUUAAAUUUUCUACAGAAAUCUUGCCCUAGCUUGGACACCUGUUACAUUGAGCUAUAACUAGUCAGUUGCAUAUCACCAUGCCUUUAUAAUAAGGUGGUGAUACUCCAUUGAUUUAAAUGCUACUGUUAUUUCUUUUUUCAUUGUGUUCCAUGCCUUUAAGUGUUGUCCUUAUCAAUUCACUUAAUCUUGGUAGUCCUGCAAAAAAACUAAGGACUUUUGCAUGACAAUGAAAUUAAAAUUAGAUUAGAAACUCUUACCAUUUGUUGGUAUUGAAUUCUUGACAUCUCAACCAGGAAUUUUUGGAAUUUGAGAUUGGAGUAGUAGAUCCUAAAAAUAUUACCAGGAAAAUAAGAAUUUGAUGACAAUUAACAUGUUGAAUCUGUUAUCUUGGGUUCAGAGAAGUAACAUCAUAGUUUGUUUUACUAUCAUAGAAUGGGUGCUCAGAGAUUUGUUUUAGGAUUAUGUAUCGUGCCAUCCAAUCAACCGUUCCUGAAAGAUGAGGCAUUUAGCCUAACUACCCUAUGUCUGGGUAACAAUCAAGCUCUUAUAUUGCACCAAAUGUUCCCGAUCCCUUUGGGGUUGACGUAUCUACCAUUUGAAUCUAUCGUUGCUGUUGACAUUAUAAAGUAAUGAGCUAAUCAUGCUUGGUUUCCCCAUGCUAUUGAAACAGGAUACGUCAUUUUCGUUCUGAUAGACACUAUCAUACUGUGCGUUGGAGAAAGUAUAGCCUUAUAUUGGCCCUUGCAUAGAUUCAACCUGCACAAUUUAAAAUCUUGAGACAUUUUCUUUUUUUAUCACGUUUGAGCAUUUUAGCGCUUAAGUAAGCUUGUGUUUUGCCUGUGUUUGUUUCUGUGUGUUGAUAUACCUUUUUAAUAAAGAAAUGCUGCUGUUUUGUUAACUUAAAGUGCCCAAAUAUUUUUUGUGAAUCUAAUGUGUGCAAUAAAUGGACAAGCUGUUUAUAUUUUGUCUGAAUAAUGAAACAAAAGAAUGUACUGUUUUCGUGUUGUUGUGUACUUACAAUGUGACAAAUUAACUGAAGAAAAAUAAGUGAGAAUCCACUCCAAUCUGUGAAAAUCGUGAACAAAGCUUAAAUUUUGAUAUUUUUAAAUUUUGUAUUUUUACAUUUCUCCUAGGAUUGUUAAAUGAGUGUCCAUUUAAAAGUCCUGUGAAUCUGAUAACGUGCUUUCUUCUGUUUCCUAUUCAAUAAGGUCUUGUUGAGGCAUUAGACCUCAGCACAUUUCAGCUUUUUGUUCUUGAUUUUACUCCAUCAAAAGUUUUUACAGAUAUUAGCAUGUCUUUUCUUUGUUCCCCAGAUGUAGCUUCUCUUUUGUGCAAUGUUUAAAACUUGUAUUGAUUACAUAUGCCUUUUUAACGUAUACCUAUAUACAUUUCCUGGUUCAUAUUGUUUGUUGAAAAUAUGAAAAACCGGUAGCUCUUAGUUAUACAUGAUAUAUUUUUGUGACUUUUUUUGGAUAUGUUUGCUGUUUUAUGAAUAUGCCAUCUUUUGGAUAUUCUCGUUUAAAUGUGAAUAAAACAAAAUGGUUAAGGAG